GGCUUCAUUGCGAGAACUUUUUUUUUGCCGUUCAGAAGAGCGAUCACGGCGUCAAGCACCCAACAAUCAACAAUGGCCAAGGGCAAGAGCAAGACUCGGCCCCAGUCGACAUCGCUCCUGUCGGCGCCAGCAGAUGUCACUAGUACCUCUACGUCCAACGUGGUCUCUAGCUUCUCGCCUGAUGGGAGGCUUUUUGCCUUCUUGACGCAGGCCAUCGACCGGCAUCGGUUGCGCAUCUACACAUCGGCAGAAGGAUCAGGCGCGGGGUCCGACGCAUCUCUACUGGUUGACUAUGUGCUCCCUGAGGCCCGAUGCGAGUGCAUCAGCUGGGGAAAGCUUCCUGGCUCGAGCAAAGGGCAUAAGGACGACGAAACGAGCAAGCGAAGAAGAAAGAGCAAGGGCGACCUCUCUUCGUCGGACGUGAACGGCAGCAGCAGCAGUGGCAGCUCUUCGCAGGUGGUCCUUGCGCUCGGUCUAUCGACGGGCGCAAUUCACCUCUUCUCUCCGACACAAGGACGAGUGAUCAGGAUUCUCCACGACGAAGCCAUCUCGGCCUCGUCUGCUACCUCCUCGUCGAUCACCUCUGUCGACUUUGAUUCCGACUUGGGCCUCGUCGUGGGCUGCGCUGCCGAUGGCCAGAUUCGGACCUGGAACUUGACAGAGUUGCUCGCGGACAAGGCCAACGCCCCCGUCGACAGGAUCCGACCAGACGCCUCGACACCGGUACGGACGCUGGCCUUUCUCUCGACUCGAAAGCUGGCCGUGGCGCACCACUCUAUCCAGGUGCUUUCUGGCCCGGACAGCAAAAAAGCAGCGCUAGCCUCAUUUACUGGGCAUGCUUCCAACAUCACUCACCUUGUCUCCAUUCCUGGAGAUGCGCCGAGAUUUGUUAGCGCUGCGGACGGUGAUCGCAUCGUCAAUGUAUGGGGAAUGCCGCCCCAAGGGCAGAAGGAGGCGCGACCCAUUGCGACAUUAGCUCUCGACUCGACGGUUCGGCAGCUUGCUGCUUACCCGUCGUCAUCUGUCGAUGCAGUUCUUGUCGUGGUGACGAGCACUGGGGCACUAAGACUGUACGACAUUCCCGCUUCGUUGGGCGAGCAGGCCAGCAACGGCUCGGCGGCAGGCGCUCGACCGCGGAAGAGCGCGGCGGGUGUGUCGACACUUCGUAAGCUGUCCGAGAUCAGGCUCCUGGCCCGAAAAGACGAUCAGGAGAGCUUCCCCAUCCUUGACGCCUCCUUUAGCAGCGUAGAGGAGGGUAAAUUGUCGAUUGCGAGGGUCAUCAAGGGCGCAAAGGUGUCCCUUCUCACCACUUUGUGCAAAGAUCCGACGACAGGAACUUUCCUUCCUCAGGUCGAUGUGCUGAGGCAAGCUGGGACAGGAAAUUUGGCAAACUUCGAUGAUGGCUCCCAAACGAUCCAGGGUGGCGGAGCGCAGGCUAUGCAAAAAUACGCUGAGCCCGAGGUCUCUUCUUCAGCUUCGAGGAAACGCGCAGCUCAAGGUUCGUCCGUCAUCAGUGGCAAUGGAAUGCUCGCCGAGGCGGCCGCUUCGACGACGGCAGAUGAUCAGGCAAAUCUUGAUGCAAAUCUUGAGGAUCUCGAGGGUCCUACGCUGGGAUCCAGGCUCAAGGGCCUCGACAGUCGAAGAGUGAACGGCACGUCCAAACCGUCUCGUGGUAGCGACGAAGAAGAUGAGGAAGACAGAGACAGCGACGAAGAAGAUGACGCUGAGCUUCAACGCCGCGCGCCUCUCCCUCAGGGCUCGCUGUCUCUGGCCCAGACGCUCGUCCAGGCCCUGCAUUCGUCCGAUUCGUCGCUCUUGUCAUCCUGCCUGGCGCACUCGGACCCCAAUGUGAUCCGACAGACGGUGCGGAGGAUUUCUGGCCCGCUCGCUGUUCGACUGCUCGAGAAUUGUGUCGAUCGGAUGUCGGCGGGAGGAAAGAAGAGCAAGGGAGCGCUGGCGGCAUCGAACUCUAGGGGCAUCAUUGAAUGGGUCCGGGCAACGCUGACGGCGCACACCAGCUAUCUUAUGUCUCUUCCGGACCUCGUCCAUCGACUUGCACAGCUGCACUCGAUGCUAUCGCAUCGUCUCUCGUCGCACGAGCGGCUUCUUCUCCUGCACGGCCGUCUCGAACUGGUCCUCUCUCAGAUUGAGAUGCGGACGGCCUAUGCAGCGGAACAGCGCGUGGCGCAAGGCACCGCCAAGAGCAUCUCGGGCGUCAAGACCAAAGGUCGAGGCACCGCUGCUGCUGCGCCCGCUGCGGCCGAGAAGCGGAAGGAGAGGAGAUGGGUCGAAGCAAGCGAAGACGAGGAUGAAGAUGAGGAUGAGGACAUGGAUGAAGAUGACGUUGCCGAAGGCGACGAGGUCGAUGUGGCCAGAGAAGAGGGCAGCGACGACGGUGACGAUGGCGAGAUUCAGGACAUUGGGCUCGGCAUGGGCGACGAGACGGGCGUAACGAGCCUCGACUCGGCAGACGAAGAAGAAGAAGACAACAACGAGGACGACGAUGAAGAGAUGGACGACGCUGAGGAAGAGGACGAGAGCGAGCUGGAAGAAGAUAGCGACGAGGACGAGGAGGAUGAGGAAGACAGCGAUGAUGAGAGGAGUAGCGGGCUGAAGGCAAAGUCCAAGGGUCUCGUCGAUGACGAAGCGGAGGAGAGCGAUGAUGAUGACGAGGAUUCAGAAGAGGAGGAAGGCUGAGGGUUGAAUGCCAAGCGUUUAUCUCCUUUAUAUCGCAAAAGUUGUCUCACCAAACACCACAUUCACCAGUCCGGAGCAAGAACCGCAUGUUGUCUCCAUCUACUUUAAAGAUAAUUCUUUGAUCAUCAUCAAGCUGCGACGACUGAUCGUGAUUAUUCUCCUCAAUGUGCUUUACAACAC